AGAACUUAAAAGAUGGAAAGCGACUGAGUUUAGACAGUUUCUUUUGUAUACAGGGCCUGUAUUAUUAAAAGAUAUUGUUAGUAGGGACAUGUAUUUAAAUUUUCUAUGCCUACAUGUAGCUGUAACAAUUUUAUCGACAAAAAGGUACAUCGCUGUAGAUCUUGAUUAUGCUCGUUCUUUGCUAGUAUAUUUUGUGCAGACGUAUGUGACUUUAUACGGAAAACAACACGUUUCUCAUAAUGUACACAAUUUACUACAUAUAGUUGAUGAUGUUGCAAGAUUUGGUCCAUUACAUAAUUUCAGUGCAUUCCCUUUUGAGAAUUACAUGCAAAAAAUAAAAAAACAUUUGCACAAGCAAGAUAAACCUUUGUCACAAAUUGUUAAACGGAUGACAGAAUUAAAUUCAGCUACAAGUGAUACACUUCCACAAGAAAAACCAAAAAAGGUCGCUUAUAAUGAGCAUAAUGAUGGUCCAUUAUUACCGGGAACUUCUUGCCCACAGUAUAAAAAACUGUUGUGUGAAAAUUAUGUAUUAAAAUUAAAAGAAGGUGAUAAUUAUUGUGCACUGUUGGAUGGAACGGUGGUUCAAAUUAAAAAUUUCGUAACUGGUAUUGAUGGAGGAUUGGUUUUAAUUGGGAAGAAAUAUCGUAAUUUAGAAAAUCUCUAUCACAGGCCAUGUAAUUCAUCUGAAUAUGGAAUCUACUUAGGUAGCAAUUUAUCAAAUCUUAAAAUGUGGAAUGUGAAGGAAAUUGCCUUUAAGUAUUUUCCAGUUUAUACCUCUGUUAAUCAAGUCGAGCAUCAAGUUGGUCUCAUUCCAAUUAUUCAUUGCAAUGAAUUUUAAAACAAAUGCUAUCUUUACCUUUUACGUUUUUAAUAAUAGGUACCUAUAUACUUGUUUUUUAGAUAAUUAAUUAAAUUAAAUUAAUUAAAAUAAUUAAAUUCAAUUAUCCAAUUUAAUUUAUUAUAUUAUUGUUCAUUCUCAUCCCACCUUGCUCACUAGUUAAUAUAGUAUAGUUAAAGUAGCCAUUCAAUAAUAUUAGAUUUUUAAUGCAUGAUAGUGUACAUACACAAUUAAAAUGUGUUUGCAUUUUACUUUACUAAUUUUUCUAUUUACAUGUCACAACCAUCAAAGUUUCAAGAUGCCCAACUGGAAAAUUGUUAAAUUCAUAAAGGAUUGCACAAUCGAGGCAGUUCCAUGUACGUGGAUUUUAGCAGAAGAUAACAGUCUUUGCUACUGGCCACCGGCAACAUAUACAACGGAGUCUCUUACUGUAGCGCUGAAAAACCAUGAUGAACCCGAAGACAAUUGGCCCUUAUAUAAGAUUUGUCAUUAUGUAAAUAAUACAUAUGAAUCAUAUUCUUUGGCUGUGAGUAAACGGUUAAAAGCUAAGAAAAACAAUAAUAUCGAAAACCUCGCCUCCGACUCCGACACUACUUCCAAGAAAAAAAGAAAACAUGUAAUGAAAAGAGUCCUGUCUUCGUCGGAUGAUGACAGUGAUGAGAGAGUAGUCAAUUCUCGGGUCAGUUGCUUGCCGAUGCCACCUAAGAAAAAUGCUCGGAAAAAUGGUUCUGAUACAAAUGUAUGCAAUCAUGUAAAUGACGAAGUUGAGGAAGUGGAUGCCCCUAGACCAAUUACUAACAUAGAUACACCUCAGCGUCCACCUAAAGAUCAAAAUAAAAAUGGAAAUACGUUGGGUGCAGGUGUCUCUGAUGUAAACUACUGUGAAGAAUGCAGUUUGUGUCCAAGGCACAGGCAACGGGGAAACGAUGCUGAAGCUGGAUUGAAAAUGCAGAAAGAAAUAUUACGGCAACAACGCCUCAUUAAAGGGAUGAUUAUGGAUGUAGUAGAAGAAUUGCAUAGUAUUAAAAACAAAAACAAUUCAACAACUGAAGUUACUACGAAUUCCAUUUUCUCCCAAUUGACAUUGCCAGCCAAUGAUCCGAAUGAUUUGGUGGCACUGGAAGAUUACUUAAGCGAGGAGAGCAACUUCAAAGCAGCAGUGCAUGAAAUGUCGAAUGUAGGAGGCAAUAAUUUAUAUGAAUUUGCGAAGCGAAUUGUAUCUAGUUUCAUGACUGACAAAAUCGCAACAAAUUAUACCUAUUAUGGACUGCGUAACAAACAAAAUUUUUCAAAAUUACGCCUUUGUGCACUAAUCUUGGACGCCAGAAAAAUGAAUAAGCAAUUUGGAAAUGCCUCUGUUAAAGAAGUGGAAGAGUGUGUAAUGAAAUGGUUGCGGAGAUCAAAAGAAAGAUCUGAAUUCAAGUUAAAGAAAAAUAACAUGAAUGAUAUGUAAUUAUUAAUAAACGUUUAUUAUUAAAGGCUUCUCUGGUUAAAAUAG